UUCACCAGAGGACUUAGUAUUCACAGCUUCCGGCGCAGUCCGGUUACAUUGUACCACGCACUCGUAACGCUGUUAAAUUGUACCAUCGACACUGUGGCGUAGCGCGUCGCUCACAGUCACAGCAGCGGCUCGCAACCCAUGCUUUCGUAUUUUCCCGCUGACACGGAUCGGCUUAUUCCUAUCAGCGGAUGUGACUCGUCAGGACGGCGUGACGUAUUUUCGUAAAAGCUCCGCCUUUUCCAUAUAGUGCAGCUUUCUUGAUCUUGUGUGCUCGAGCGGCCAGGCGCGGCUUGCAACCUUGAAAUAUUUCAUCCGCAAUAAUCGUGCCAAGGGCGAAUUUGCCAUAGCCUGUCUGGUUAUUCAUACAUAUUGUACAUACUACAGUUUUGUACAGUCUUGUCUCGUAUGCAAUUUUGCAGGUCUGCUCUAGGAAAGGUACUCUGUAUAUAUCUCUGUUAGAUCCUGCAACAUAUUGUUUCACUGCCCAAUGCAUAUUUUACCGUUGCAGACAGUUUGUUGAAAUCAGUACUGCUUUUUUGAACCGCGGUCCGACAUCUGUUUUCGUAUUGUAAGUACUGCAGAGGGAAGUGACGGUGCAGAAUACAGUAUAGAGUAUAGACCACAGUGUCACCUGCAGGAUAGAGCAUAUCAUUCUGCAAUUGUUCAAAUCUGUACCAUCUUGCCGUACCAUUUUAUUUAUAAUAUUUCAUGAUUUUAAAUAUGCGCUUGCUCAUCAUGCCCGUUUAUUUUGAGUGAUCUGCCAAAAAGGAUGAAGUUCUACGGUACAGGUUCGAAACAUGAUGGGCCUUCUCCCCAAAAUCAACUACAAAAAUCGGAGUAGCAUUAUGAAUUAUGCUGCGAGGGACGCGGAUUCCCCCCAACCGCUGCCGCUCCUAAGCAGCCAAUUAAGACGAACUCCGAAGGGCGGAAAUCCUGAAUGUCAUCUUGAUGCCGAAAUGUCCAGUUCCCGCCCGGAUGCAAGCGCCAUACACUGCGGUAUAAUGCCAAACCACCCGGCCGAUUUUGCAGUUGAACCGAUUGCGUCGCCUGGGUGUGCAAAUCGCUUCACUGAAGCAACGGCUGCGAGCGUCCAUUCCCGGGACACUUCCGACCUCCCGCCAAAAAAGGAACAAGAAAUCGUCGACGAAUUUGACAAUGGUCGCACCUGCUCUUACCUUAUGCGAAAAUUCGGUUUGUCGCGCCACUGCAUUCGCCAGCGGCUGCGCGCAGCUGGGAGACCGGUUAUUUUUCGGGAAAGGGAUCGAAAGCGGUACGAAGCGUUGCGGCCGACUGUUCUCCAGCUGUUCCAGCAGCGCUGGUCUAUACGAUCCAUAAUGCGUCAGACGAAAACGUCACGGUUGCUGGUGCAAAAUAUAAUAGAAAAUGCCAGUUCAUCUCUCACAAAACCGCGACACCGGUCGAGAUCGAUCUACGAGCCGGCGUCAAUCUGUUCUCCUUCGAAAUCACCGGCUAAGGACCAUCGUAACGUGGUUACGAAUCAGGGCGCUUUUGUGCGCAAACAACGUCCCAACGAAAGACGGGAUCCAAGGAAUGGUCGCCAACAGGAUCAAACCGCGCAAGAGGAUGUGCCGUCGCAGAACUCCAAAAGCGCGUUAGCUGAAGUUCGCAGAAAUCAGAUGGAAGCCGAUAUUUUGAAAGCUGGCUUCGAAAUCGACACCGCAUCUGAACAACGCUCCUUGGACCAACAAAAGGAAGAUGAAAAAAUUACGGAAUAUUCCAGUAUUUCGCUGAACAGAUGCAAGGGGACUGCUUCCGAGAUAUCCGUGUGUCAGUCACUAAAUGCGACCCCGAGCCGCAGCAGCGCUAGGUAUCAGUGCCGGAUGUGCCAUCUAAUCUGGGAUGAACAGGAAGCAUUCCUGUCACAUUUGGCCGGCACACAGCAUGAGCAACUCUGUGCCGCCGGGAUUUUCUUAUACUGUAUGUACAGGUUGUCUGUUUAAAACUCGAAAACCGGCGAAGAUGGGCAAGCACGUUAUAAAAUACCAAUGGGAAAAUACGCUGCACGACUACUGCGUUCAUGCGGUGAAAUCUGGUCAAUAACAUUGGUGAUAUGUAUAAAAGUUUUCACAAUUUAUGAAUUUGUUACUGGAGCAUCAUUUGCGCAUUCAUUGAUAUAUCCUUAUCACUUCCUUGAGCGCCAAAAAGGAGCGACAUAAAUAUAUCGGGCAUAGCA